UCUCGCCGUCCACAUCCCGAGACCCGAGCGCGCAUGGCUGCUCCGAUACCACCGCAGUAUUUCCAGUAAAGAAAAAACCCACUCCCCACUCCCACGCCCUCCUUCCUCUGCCAUUCCCCCUCCCCUCCACCCAAGAACUCGUGCCCCCUCGCCCUCCUCCACUUUCUUGAUUCUUUUCUCACGUUGGCACCAUCCCCGCCUUGCUCUGCGUGCACGGGAAUGUUUCUUGUUCUUGCGGUGGUCUGAAGAGCGGAGGAAAGAGGAGACUAAUCACAGGAGAUGGGUUCUUGCGCGUCGGUUCACAAGGACGACGUCGGGACGCCCCAGAAGCUGCUACCCAAGGAGGGGCCGGUGGACGGGAAGGGCGGCGCCGCGGUCGGCGACGUCCUCGUUGAUCUCAAGCGCAAGAUUGAGGAGGGGCAGGCGGGCUUCGGCCACAGCAGGAGCCCCGAUUCUGGUAGCAAGGACGAAAUGUUCUUCGAGUCUCGAGGGUGGUUAGAUUCUGACUGCGAGGAUGACUUUCAGAGCGUGAAUGGAGAUUUCACUCCAUCCCGUGGCAGCACUCCAAAUUAUCAACCUAGAGCGAAUACUGUGAUGAGCAACGUUUUUCUGCCUAACAACGAACAUGACUCGAAAUCAUCAGAGCCUUCUCCAACUGGACGAAGGAAACUAUCCGAGCUCCUGCAAGAGGCGAUGCAGAACGCCCACGAAGAGAACACUGAUACCACCAGAGAACCAGAUAGCAGCAAGAACGGGGAGCAGCAGCCGCAAUCCGUUGACACAGCUGAGAAGCCGGUGUCCGAGUCGAGCACAGGCUGCAGCACCGAACCGACGCCCGCCAGAGAAGCCAGAAUCCGGAAGGAGAGGUCCUGGUACACCGGCCACUGCUGCCUGCCGACCUUUGUCCACAGCAUGACCUUGGAAGAAGAUGAGGGGAGGCAGAAGAUGGGCCCUGGGCCUGUUGCUGUUUGACAGCGCUGCUGCCUCCAGUGCCCCCUCUCCGAGCUGUAUCAGCUAUGGUACUACUACCUGAUGCGGCCCCUGAAUCGAAUUACUGUAAAGAAAGCCAAGUUGCUGAGAGUGCUAUAUCCUUGUAAUAAUCAAGCGAAUAGUCACUCCGGGAAUUCAUGUGCUGUAUCUAGAAUCUGGCUUGAGAAAUGCUGUGCAUAUAUUAUUUCCUCUGAUCUCCA